AUGUCCCUCCCCAAAACAAUGCGCGCCCUCCUCCAGCCCUCCGUUGAGGAACCCCGUCUGGUCCUCACCCCGGACCACCCCGUCCCAACAGCCACAGAAGGAACAGACGAGCACCUCAUCCGCGUGCAUUGCGUCAGCCCCUGUGCUAACGAACUCAACUGGGCAAAGGCUUUCCCUGCCCUCCAAGAACGCGAGCAGAUCCCCUGCUACGAUGUCGCGGGAACAGUAGUAACCGCACCGCCAUCCUCCGACUUCCAACCGGGUACAGAAGUCUACGCGCGCUCAAACUAUCUCCGUCCUGGGUGCGCACGCGACUACGCCGUUAUAUCCGGCGCCGAUCUCGCCCGGCGUCCUCAGAACCUGAGCUGGGUGGCGAGCACCGCCAUCCCGCUGAGCGCGCAGACGGCACUGCAGGCGCUAUUUGUGCAGUCUGGGAUUGGGGAGCUGGGCGAUGAGGCAUGGAACGGGAAGAGGGUGCUUGUUACGGCUGCGUCCGGGGGUGUGGGGAUCUGGGUGGUGCAGUUGGCGCGGCUGGCUGGCGCCACGGUAAUUGGGACGUGUGGGCCGCGGAAUGUCGAGUUUGUGAAGUCAUUCGGAGCAAGCAAGGUGAUCAACUACCGGGAGACGAAUCUGAAGGAGUGGGGGCAGAGGCCGGAGAAUCAGGUUGAUCUAGUGGUUGAUUGUAUUGGCAAGAAGUCGUUGGAAGAUGCGUGGUGGUGUGUCAGGGAUGGUGGGAUUCUGAUCAGCAUCUGCCAGCCUCCCGAGCAAGUGCAGCCUGAGGAGUGCAAAGGGAAGAAUGUCCGGAAUUUCUUCUUCAUUGUGUCGGCGAAUCGGGCAGAUCUGGAGAAGGUCACCAAGCUGGUGGAGGAGGGCAAGUGUCGGGGUGUCGUGGACAGUGUUUGGCCGCUGGAGCAGUUCGAGGACGCCUUUAAGCGACUGGAUGAGGGACACGCUAGGGGAAAGAUUAUCUUGGAUUUGUCGCUGAAUCAGUGA